ACAACAGUACAUCGAUUAUGUUUCUGUUUCGUCGUGCCAAUCGUAAUGGACUGAUCGUGCGGCAGCCAAUCAGAUUGCGGGAUUUUUCAUUUUCUAGAAAAUUCGCCAACAGCUCAACAGAAUCGAAGAAAACGCCAUUGUUCGAAUUCCAUCAAAAUCUGGGUGCAAAAUUGGUUCCGUUUGCUGGUUGGUCGAUGCCCGUUCAGUACACUAAAGGCAUCACUGUCGAACAUUUGCACACCAGGUCGCAAGUUUCUCUCUUCGAUGUCUCCCACAUGCUCCAACUAAAAAUCCACGGCAAGGACAGAGUGCGAUUCAUUGAGAGACUGGUAGUCGGCGACAUUGCUGAGCUCGGACCCGGCAGAGGAACGUUGACACUACUCACAAAUGAAAAUGGCGGCAUCAUCGAUGAUGUAAUCAUCACUAAUACGUUGGAGGGAUAUUUGUAUGUCGUUUGCAAUGCGGGGUGUGCCGACAAAGACCUCGCUCAUCUCAAACAUCAUGUUCAAAGAUUUCAAGAUGAAUUCUCGGAAUGUGAUGUUUCUAUUGAGGAAUUGCAUGAGAAUGGGCUGCUUGCAGUACAAGGUCCCAGAAUGGCUGAAUCGCUGGGUGGUAGUGUCGAUGGAGAUCUGUCGACGCUAAAGUUCAUGUGCAGUAGUGUGAUGACAGUGCAUGGAGUCCCCGACUGUCGUGUCACGCGGUGUGGCUACACUGGAGAGGAUGGCAUAGAGAUAUCAAUGCCAUCAUGUCGAGCUGUUGAACUUGCCGAGAAGCUUCUUGCUUCCACUAAACCACAUCUCGACGUCGUCCAGCCGGCAGGAUUGGGAGCACGUGACAGCCUGAGGCUUGAAGCAGGUCUUUGCCUAUAUGGCAAUGAUAUUAGUGAAACAGUGACUCCAGUGGAGUCGAGUUUAUCUUGGUGUAUUGGGAAACGAAGACGAGUUGAAGGAGGAUUCUUGGGAUCUGAGCGAAUACUCAAACAGCUAACUGCAGGCAGUAGGCCAGACAAACGGAGAGUCGGUAUUGUUGCUACAAGUGGAGCACCCGCUAGAGGUGGAGCUACAGUUCUGGACAAAACUGGAGAGCCAAUCGGCACAGUAACCAGCGGCUGCCCAUCUCCCACACUGAAACAGAACAUCGCCAUGGCCUACAUCUCCACUCCUUUCAUCAAACCCAACACCGAAGUCCAACUUCGAGUCCGAAACAAGGCAAUUCCAGCCACAACAGCCAAGAUGCCUUUUGUGCCUACCAAGUACUUCACAUGAAAGGAGACCGACACCACAACUAGAUAUAGAGAUACCAAUUUCUAGUAUUCACCGCAUACAAUACAAUUCUGCGUACUAAAA